AUGUCCUCAGAAUCCAUGAAUUCUUCUACAAAUAAUAAUAGAGGAUGGAAGCCACUUAUAACAAAACUACAAAAGCUAGAUGGAGGAGCAGUAGUACAAGUUCGAAAAUUAGAAGAAAUGACCAAGAAACAAGCAACUCUUCAAAAUCAUAUCAUAUUUCUUACAAGGUGUCGAAAACUAAACAUCACUCCAAAAGGAUUUCAAAUGAAAAGACUCCUUACACAAUUUGGAGACCACGAAAAGAUUCGCACUACUGUGAAAGAAAUGGAAGAAAAGCUAAUGAAAACCAUGAUUAAAAUCCACUAUGAAAAUCUUCAUAAGAUUGACAAUACCAUAAAACAAACCAAUACCACAAUUAGAGAAAAAACACCAGAAUUGUGGAGUGAAAUCAGAAAUUUGAUAAACAAGACCAAAGAAAUUACGAAUAUCAACCUGAAAGCCAAACAUAUAACGAAAUUAAAUCAACUUGUUCAAAAUAACGGAACAAACACACCUACAAAAUCAAUCCAAAUUCAACAAUCCAGUACCACAGCAAUUGAAAAUCGGUCUACUCACAAAUUUAGUGAUUCGGAAAUGAAUCUACUGAAAUUAGGAUUGAAUUUUUCAAUGAAAACCAGAGACCUUAGAUUACCUUUGAUUGAAACAGCUGCAGCAGUAGAAAUGAGAAUGAUGAACGAGAAGGAAGAAGUUUUACCAGAAUACUUAAAGAACAAUGUCCGGGCCGGUAUCUCUCACAUAAUGAAAAACAGUUUGACCAGGGAUAAUUACCGAAACAAGUGGGAUUCACAAACAAUUGAAGCAAUCAAGUCAAUCAAACAAAACAAAGACAUAGUUAUUGGAAAAGCGGACAAAGGCAAUUGUAUUGUAGUCAUGAACAAGACAGAUUAUCAUGCAAAAAUGGAAGAAAUGAUUUCAGAUGGACCAUAUACCCAACUUCCUCAUGACCCAACAGAAACAUAUUCAAAAAAAGUAGAAAUUGUCUGCAACAAGUUACUACUACAAAAUAAAAUAACGAAAGCAGAAUAUGGUCGAUUUAUCGUGAAAGAUGCCAGAUCCCCAAUCAUUUACGGUGCCCCCAAAAUACACAAAGAUAAUUGCCCCCUAAGACCCAGUGUUGACUUCCGAAAAUCACCAACAUAUAAGAUUGCAAAAUAUCUAUCCCAGAUCUUGAAAACAUUAAGCAAAGAUCACCACUACACCAUCAAAAAUUCAUUUGAUUUUGUCAAACAAGUUAAAAACAUCAAAAUUCACAGAGGAGAUGUGAAAGCCUCGUUCGAUGUCAAAUCUUUAUUCACAACCGUACCAAUUCCCGAAACUUUGAUUUACAUCAAGGAACAACUAGAUCAAAAAUACGAAGAAUCUGCGGAUAAAUUAUCAAAGAAUGACAUAAUGGAACUACUAAAAAUUUGUUUAUCUUCCACAUAUUUUCAGUACAAAGAUAUGUAUUUCCAUCAAAAAGGCGGCACAGCAAUGGGUUCCCCCAUAUCACCCAUUGUGGCAGAGCUGUUUUUACAAAUGCUUGAAAUGAAAAUUAUUCAUCAAAAUCGCGACAUCCGUUUUUGGAGAAGAUUUGUGGAUGACGCUUUCAUCAUUGCAAAAGGGAGAAAACUCAAGAGCAUCCUUGAUAAGCUAAACAAUUUCAACCCAGCAAUUGAAUUUACCUUGGAAGAAGAGAAAAAUGGAAAACUCGCAUUCUUAGACACCAUGCUAUAUGACAAAAUAGAUGGAAAAAUUGGACACUAUGUACACAGGAAGCCUACUCAUACUAACAAAUAUUUGGAUUACCAAUCUUUCCAUCCAAAUGCCCACAAGAUAAGCGUAUGUGACACGUUACUACGAAGAGCCAUAAUUCUAUGUGAUGAUGACCACGUGAACGAAGAGAUUGAAUUCGUAACAAACACACUGAAAUCAAAUGGAUACCCCAACAAAAUGAUCCAAAGAAGAUUACAAAUCGUAAAAGAAAAAAUUUCACACCCUCAAGAACCAAGUGAAAUACAAAAACGAGUAAUUUUACCAUGGGCAGGAAAACCAACAACCAGAAUUGCUCAAUUCUUACGUAGGAAACUAUCUUGGGAAAUUGGAUAUUAUCCUGGACAAAAAGAGUAUAUGAAUUUACUUGCUCGAAUUGUCCUAAAAAAUAUAUUGGAGAAAGUGGGCGAUGCAUAG